AUGCAGGCCUUUGUGAAAGCCGAAGGCCAGCACCUGGUGGAUACAAUCGGCAGAUUCCGCGGUGCGGCCAUCGCGCCGCGCGACUUGGUGUUCCGCUCUGCGUGCAACAAUGUGGUCUCGUUCCUGUUGGGUCGUCGCCUGGACCUGGACGAUCCGCGACGGAAGGACAUGGACGACCACCUCGAGGGGUUCUUCCUGGGCAGCGCCGCCUCGUCCAUCGACUGUCGGCCACGAUGGCUAAAGAACCUCGAGCGGUGGCUACGGCCCUCUUCGCCCCGCGUCCGCAUCGAAAACAUGGCCAAGGAGCUUGAGGCCAUGUCCAAGAGAGAAGUCCAUCGAGCAAUGCGCAUGGACAAAUCUCAGCGUAACAAGGGUGUCAUCGACUUCUACAAGGCAAAGAUAGAGGAUAUCGGCAACGAAGGUGACAUGUUUACAGAGGACCGGAUGGUAGGCAACACAACCGACUACUUGCUGGGUGCCACGGCCGUGGUGGCGCUGUUCCUGCAAAGUCACUUGCUCAUGUUUGCCGCCCGCGCGGACAGCCUUCAGGAGCAAGUGCGCAGGGAGAUUGACCGCGUCGUUGGCAGAGAGCGGCUGCCCACGUGGGCGGACCACGUGCACAUGCCGCUCACCAUGGCCACCAUCUGGGAGAUGUACCGCUGGAAAGCGUGCACACCUUUCGGCAUUCCUCGCGGAGUCGCGAAAGACACGGUGAUCGGCGGCUACCACGUUCCCAAGGGCACGGUAUUGCUUCCCAACUUUUGGGCGGUUCACCAGAGUGCCGAGCUAUGGAAGGAGCCGGAGAAGUUCGACCCUUCUCGGUUCAUCGGACCGGACGGCAGCGCACUCUCUACCAGGCCCGCGCAUAUCAUAACCUUUUCGUUAGGCAAAAGAAUCUGCCCCGGUGAAAGCUUGGCCACGGCUGAGGUGUUCCUCUACCUGACCAUGCUGCUUCAGAAGUUCAUAAUCCUUCCUGAAGAAGGCACCACCGUACACAUUGGUUCGUACCAGCCGCUGUACGAGCACGCUGCCACGAAGCUACGCUUCCUGCCGCGCUCCGAUUAA